AUGUCAGCCAAUUGCACGGUGUUAGACAGGUUAAAGGUUGCAAAGAUCGACGAAGUAGCAUGCGAUAAACCGGUAAGACACCAGACCGGAGAUAUACCCCCGUUUCUCGUACUCGAUGCUGUGUCAUUGAUAUGCUUGCUGGUGCGGCUGGUCAGUCGGCCGUUGAUGACGAGGAAGAUAGAGACGGACGAUUGGGUUGCCUUCGUUCUACUAUUUUUCUUCGUGACCUUCAUGGUCCUCGGCAAUUAUGUCCGUAUCACGGCGAUCGGACAUGAUGUUUGGGAUCUCGAAAUGUCAACAAUCAAGACCGCUUUGAAGCUCUUCUUUAUUGAUGAGCUCUUUUAUACCGCAGUCCUCGCGCUCUGUCGCGUGAUCUUGCUUUUCUUCCUAAUUCGAGUGUUCGCCCUUCCGAAGUUCCGGAUGAUAUGCUGGAUCGUCAUGGCAUGGGUGGUGCUGUCAGCGGUAGUUAUCAUCUUGAUGACAAUCUUCCAAUGUUGGCCGAUCAACUACAACUGGGAAGGCGUAUUUGGAGACUUCGGCGAGCACAAGUGCUUGGACGUCAAUGCCCUCGCCUAUGCCGCCGCCGGGAUUGGCAUCGCCCAAGACAUCACCAUCCUCGUUCUGCCGCUACCAAUCAUUGCACAGCUCAAUAUGUCGCUGAAGAAGCGCCUUAUGACGUUCUUCAUGUUCAGCCUCGGCAUCUUCGUGGUCCUAGCGAGUUGCUUCCGACUGCGCUACCUGACACAGUUCGCCAAGUCACUGAACCCGACAUGGGAUUAUACCAACCCCGUCAUCUGGACAUCGCUCGAGGUGAAAGUCACGGUCAUCGUGCUAUGCUUGCCCACCAUCCACAUGGUAUUUGCGAAGCUUGUCCCGUCGGUGUUCGGUACGAGUCAGAAGUCCACUCCAAGCAAGACAGUCACGCCGCACUCGGGAUCCAGAUCCGCGCGGAGGAACCAUUACGAGGAUAUCUCGGAUGGGGCUGCCUCGCUUCAACCAGCCCGUCAGCCAUGGGAGAGCGAUAUUGAACUACACGGUGAGGUUCAAAGUAUUUCAUCAAACACCUCAACCACCCAUAGGGACGAUGAGGACAAAACAGGCACGGUGGCAUUCUCGUCAACAACGCCAGAGCGGGGCUGGACGUAGUAUUUUUGCUCCAACCUGCUCGUAUCAGCGCCGGUCGCUGGAGAGUUCCUCUUGAAGGUCGAUCAAGUGGUGCAUACAGAAUUCCGCGUGUGUUAUUCAUGUUAUUUCCAUCGCGCUUCCACGAACACAAC